AUGUCUGCAACGAAGCCUGAGAAGUUGAACAAACUUCUUAGCUAUGCCAUGAUUCACAUUCACGUUGGAAAUAACCUCAAGGAUUUCGGUGUCCACAAGUAUCUUGCUUGUCAUCAUUCACCAUACUUUAAAGCUGCUUUAUACUCAGGGCUUGAGGAAAUUACAACUGGGAUUAUAAAAUUUCCGGAAGUCAAAGUGGAAGUUUUCGAAUUAUUCUAUCAUUGGCUGUAUAGUCAGGACUUUAUUACAUUUGCCUUUCAACUGAAACUGCUUUCAAAGCUCUACGUAUUUGCUGGCAUGACACAGAUUCCCGUACUCCAGAACUAUUGCAUCGAAAAGUUUCAUGUAAUCGUGAACUUGAGAAAGCGUGUCCCUGUCGAGCUCAUAGAAUAUAUUUGGGGAAACACAAUGGAACAUGACAGACUUCACAAACUCAUAAUCGACAUGAUGUUAUGGGAAACGGCUCCAGAAUUCAGCCUCUUUGUACCCAAUCCCAUACCGACUCUCGUUCUGGAUGAAGUUUACUCCACCAUGAGAAAAUAUUUUAGAGCUGCUGUUCAUGAAACUAGGGGUGCAUAA